GUCAUAACCAAAGUUAUAUUCUAAGUCCCAUUUAUUUGGACUAGAUGAAUAUUGUUGAUAUCUUUUUAUUUAUUUAUUUUAUUCCACACGGAUUGUGUGUGUGCAAGAAUAGUUGGUAGCCUUGAAUAUGUACACCUAGGUUAGCGUUGAACUUGGUCAAGCUCAUAGACUUAAUUCCUAAUUUUUUUUAAAAAAGUAAUAGGCACCAUUAUUGAAGGCAAGUACAUAAUGAAUUAUUUGGAUCGUCACAUGCAAAAAUAAUUCGAUCAGCUUAAUUAUUAUUACUAUUACGUUAAUUUCUCAUUAAUUGAGAAGAUUCCCUCUAAUCUUCUGGUCUUGAUUUAUCAUUGAAAGAUUAAAUUUUAUUCUUCCGUUUUGUAAUUAUCUAAUGAUGAAUCUACAACUUCAAAUGCCAAGAAGGUUCUAUAUAUACGUUUGAAACGAAACAGAAGAAGAAGAAGAAGAAGAAGAAAUUUUAUUUCGGAAGAGUCAUCAUUAAUAUUAAACAUGGAGAUGAAACUAGCCCGUUUCCUUCUCCUUCUUCUACCUCUCUUCAUACUUUUUUCCUCUUUGAUUGAUCAAAGCUAUGGAAAAUUGCAUAGAGAAACUCAUAGUCAGUUUUUGAAGGCAAAAUUUAACCCAAAUUCCAAUAUUGAAAAUUCCCUUUUCGAAAAAUUGCAUGAUUAUCAGCCUACUUGUGACGACGAUCAAAAAGGGCUGAAAGAGAAAGACCGGAUUUCAAAACUUCCCGGACAACCGCCGGUCAGAUUCAAUCAGUACGGCGGUUAUGUCACCGUUGAUGAGUCUGCUGGUCGGGCUUUUUUUUACUACUUUACUGAGGCUCAAGAUCCCCAAAAGGCUAAAGAUUUACCUCUUCUCCUUUGGCUCAAUGGAGGUCCUGGAUGUUCCUCACUUUCCUAUGGAGCGUUUCAAGAACUUGGACCAUUCAGAGUUGGCAGUGAUGGCAAAACUCUCUUCGAAAAUAGAUUUGCUUGGAACAAAGCUGCAAACGUUUUGUUCUUGGAAUCUCCAGCUGGAGUAGGGUUUUCAUAUUCGAACACAACAUCAGAUUAUACGAUCGGUGGGGAUAUAAAAACUGCUCAAGAUAAUUACAUUUUCUUGAUAAAUUGGCUCGAAAGGUUUCCAGAAUAUAAAGGAAGAGAUUUUUACCUUGCUGGAGAGAGUUAUGCAGGGCAUUAUGUGCCUCAAUUAGCCCAUAAUAUUGUUUAUCAUAACAACAAGGCAAAUAAGACCAUCAUCAACCUCAAAGGAAUUCUGGUUGGAAAUGGAGUGAUCAAUGACGAGACAGAUAGUGUAGGGAUGUAUGAUUAUUGGGCAUCCCACGCUCUCAUUUCUCCUGAGACUUUGAAAGAAAUCCACACUCACUGUGAUUUCUCAAAGGGCGAUAAUUUGAGCACUGAGUGCCAAAGUAUUACUGAUGAAGCUGAUCAAUUGUUCAGAGAAAUUGAUGUUUAUAGCUUAUACUCUCCUCGGUGCUUCAGUGACAAUCUUACCACCAUUCCCAAGCCAUUCUCGAUAAUGAAUAUAGAUCCCUGUAGUGAAUACUACGUCUACGCGUACUUCAACCUGCCCGAAGUUCAAAAGGCAUUGCAUGCAAAUAUCACCAACAUUCCCUACGAUUGGGAACCAUGCAGUGACGUUCUAGCAAAUUGGACUGAUAGUGCAUCAACUGUGCUCCCUAUUCUUAGAGAAUUAACGGAAAAUGGAAUUCGAGUUUGGAAGUUUAGUGGUGAUGUUGAUGGAAGGGUACCCGUGACUGGAACACAAUACUCUCUGGAAAAACUGAAUUUCCCAAUUCAAUCUCCUUGGAGUGCCUGGUACCUAUCUGGGGAGGUCGGGGGAUUUGUUCAAUACUACAAGGAUAAUUUGACAUUUGUGACAGUAAGAGGAGCCGGUCACCAAGUGCCAAGUUAUAGACCAGACAGAAGUUUAUCACUUGUUUCGCACUUCCUUUCAAACACUCUUUUACCAUAUCACUAGGCCAUAGAGAAUACAGCGAUACUCUUUUUUUGUUUUUUAAUCUCUGAAAGGAUGGACACAUUUCAAUUAUUCAGGAGUAAGAUUAUCUUGCUUAGGAAAUUUCUCAAAUAUUGAACAAAAGUUAUAAUGACUUCUUCAGUACCUCUUCACUCUUCUUCUUUGAUUCAAAGUAGUUCUGGAAAUGUUUGGUUAUAAUUUUAAUGCUAGCUUUGUUGUUUAAAAAAAAACGAUGAUUGUAUUGUUUCUAAUUCAAUAAAGAGUACUAUAU